CUGACAGACAGACAGACAGGUGAAGAUGGCAGCUCAGGUGAGCGCGGUGCUGCUGCUGCUGCUGCUGGUGCUCGGUCCCGGAAUCUUCUCCGGUACCGGUCCCGGUCCGGACUCCGAGCGCGGCAGGAUGCAGCUGCGGCGCGUGCAGAGCCUUGCCGCUCAGACCAGGUACGGAGGCUGCUGGGCGCGCGCUCUGGAGCACCUGGACACGCGCUGCAGGGACAUGACGUCAGAGAGCCAGAGCCGGAUUGCGCUGAGUUUCACAUUCUGUCACCUGAGCAGCUCAGGUAGAGACUUCCCAUCAUGCCCUGAGGGGUCAGAGGUCAGCAGGUGUACAGGUGCAAUGGACGCCGUGGCCUUCAACGCCUACACAGAGUUCUUCACUCACACACACGCCAUCUGUCACUUCCUGCAGUCUGACGCCUGGCAGAGCCGUGCCGAGAACACCAUGCACAGGCUGACGGAGAGCUCUGCAGGUGUAGCCGAGCAGCUUCAGUCCACCAGGCAGAUGGCUGAGGACCUGAUUGAUGCCCAGACUGCUGCCCUACAGGCACAGCAGGAGAUCCUGAACAAUGGAGAGGAGCUGAGAGUCACCCUGAGAGACUCUACCCAGGGUCUGCGGGCGGUGUUCUCAGAGCUCAGCAGUGUCUCCAGGGAGCAGCAGGUGGCACUGUCUGAACUCUUUAACAGAGUUUCCUUCCUACAGAGUUUCCUGCUGAUGGAGGCGCAGAGCCUGAGCUCCUGCUGCUACAACGCUGCUGCUCUCUUCACCUCCUUCCUCCUCACUUCCACCCAGCGCUCCUCCAGAGCCAGGUAUCUCCCCCCCUUCACCUCCCCCUCACACAGGUUGGUGUUGCUGUCUCAGGUGUGUGUGAACUUUUACCUGGAGAGGAAAAUCUACGAGUUUGUGUUGAACUCUGAUCAUCCUGAACACGCACACAUGGAGCUGGUCAGUGUGUAUGUGAGUGUGUUGCGGCGCUGCAUGGUGUGUGUAGCGGUGUGUGUGCUGCUGUAUGUGUGUGUGCGCUACAGAGACCCGGUGCAGCAGAGUCUGCAGCUGCUGCAGCAGCUCAGAGAUACGCAGAGCGGCCUGCAGGCAGUGCUGCAGCAUGCAGAGAGAUUGGAGCGACAGAAGAACAAUCAGCUGACUGUGCAGAGGAGGUCAGAGAGCAGGAGAAGAGAGGAGGCGCUGAGGAGGAGGGAGGAGAGGAAGAAGGAGGAGGAGGAGGAGGAGGAGAGCAUCACGCUGAUGUCUCCGCCCACAGACCUGUCUCACAUCUCACACCUUGGUUGGAGUACCUGCAGUACUGUGAACAGCGUCCUGCAGCCCGACUUUACCCAGAAUGCCUCUGUGAGUACCGGCCGGCGUCCUCGCUGCUCGGAGUCCUCGUCCUCGCUGGUCUACAGCGUGCUGGUGGAAGACAGACAGAGCCGGUACAGCCUGAGGAGUCGGCGGUCUGAGGCUCACUGAGGACUUAACUCUGUCUUCAUUAUUUUAAACAUUUUGUUUUACCUGAAAUAUCAAUAAAACUGAAGUUUACAUUUUAAA